AUGUUACAGGUGAAUGGAGCAUUGAAGGGUACAUUCUCGAGUUCCGAACUGUCCUACCCACCUCUCUCACCUAACGACGAUUUUGGUGGCACAUCUUCUUUGGUUGGUGCUCCUUUUUUUGUGAUCAAGAGUUUGUGUACUUUAAAUGCUUUUGCUGUUCUGGCCUUGCCGUUCAGUACAACUACUGCGCGGUCACUGCUCACUGCUGAUUCAUCGGAAGCGAGUAUUUUUCGCCAGUUGUAA